ACUUCUCUCUUCUCUCUUCGUUCCCAAAUCUCAUUCCUUUUGAAUUUCGAAGCCAACAUUGCCAUCAGGGUCUGGUGGUAGAUUUAUCAAUUUCAAUUUUUGAAAAUUCGUAAAUUUCCCUCCAUAUACCUAACCUUCUCCCCCUCUCCAAAACCCUAGUUCCAUCUUUUUCUACAUCCUCGUCUAGGGUUUUCGUUGUUCCUUUCAAUCUGAUUCGGUACUCUCUGAUUCAUGUUUCGGAGUCUUCGAAUUUAAGAAAGACUCCGAAAAUUUCAGUCUUUUCAACCCAAUUUGUAGCGACAGCCGUUCGGGAUCGGGGUCCCCCAGUUUUCUAGGGUUUCUGAGACUCUGGUUUCUUCCUCUGCUUAUAUGAUUCUGUUUGGUUUCCGGGAAAGGGAGGGGAGAUGCACGCGUUGCGGGGGUGACGGGUUUUCGGGUUAUGAUGCGGGUUCAAGAAGAGGCUGAAUUUGAUAUGAGGGUUUGAAUAUGAGCCAUGGAGAUGGGGAAAGUAGCAGAGUGAAUGAUUCCGGCGAUGCGGCCCGAAGAGCACAACCGGGAGCUGAUGAGUUUGGGCGGGCGGUUUCGAAGGUCGCCGUGGCGCAGAUAUGUGAGGGCGUGGGGUUUCUGGGCAUCAAGGAGUCGGCUUUGGACUCCCUCGCUGACAUUGCCAUCAGAUACCUCCGUGACUUAGGAAAGAUGGCCAAUUAUUAUGCUAACUUGGCCGGUAGGACUGAAUCUAAUGUGUUUGAUGUUGUUAGAGGGUUGGAAGAUUUGGAGUCAUUGCAAGGGUUUUCGGGUGCCGCGGAUGUUACACAUUGUCUAGCCGGGUCAGGGACGACGAAGGGACUUGUUCAGUAUGUGGGUACUGCGGAGGAGAAUCCGUUUGCUCAGCCGUUGCCUAGGUUUCCGGUGGUGAAGGAUCGGAGGUUAAUUCCGAGUUUUGAGCAGAUGGGGGAAGCUCCGCCUGGCAAGCAUUUGCCGAAUUGGUUGCCGGCUUUCCCUGAUCCACACACUUACAUUCACUCACCAAUGUGGAAUGAGAGGAAGACAGAUCCUCGCGAAGAUAAGAUUGAGCAAGCCAGGCAGCGGAGAAAGGCUGAGAGGUCUUUGUUGAGUCUGCAGCAGAGGUUGCUCUGCAAUGGUUCAUCUCCGGGUUUAGCUUCAACCUCUGUCCCAGUCUCGGUGGUGGCGGUGGAUGGUGGUAAUGAUGGGAAGGGAUUGCAAUUACAAGGGAGUGAAAGUAAUCCCUUCCUUGAACCACCACUCCAGCCGGGCGAGAAAGAUGUGUCUCCAGUUGUCUUACCAUCAAAGCUUUCAGAUGAAUCGGCCAAAGGGAACCGUUCUUCUUCAGUUUUAGAGGCAUUUGCCCCUGCCAUUCAAGCAGUGAAAAAUGGGGUAUGGAUGGAUGGAGAGGGAGAGGAAGAGAGGAGGCUACUUCCGAAUUCAAGGCCCCCUGUUCAUUUAAAUUUCAGACCUGUGAAGAAAUUUCUUGGCGAAUCAUCGGAUUUCAGCCUCCUAAAGAAGGGUUCAGGGAGACCAGCAAAUUGGGUUUUGCGAGAUGAAGAAAGGGAUGAAAAGAAGAGGAGAGCUGAGUUUAUUCUUAGACAAUCCAUGGAAAACCCACAGGAACUCAAUCAGGCAUAGAUUAAUCCAUUAACUGGGUUUAUCAAUGGAAGCUCUGCCAUAUAGGAUUUGGCACAAGCAGUGGGGCUAUCAAUCCUUCGGAGUAGAGGAGGAUCGUGGCUGUUGAUGUAGAAGAGCCAGUGGGGGCUAUGGAUCUUCAAAUUAGAGGAGGAUUGGGGCUGUUGACGCUCAAGUAGAAGAGGAUUGUACCGUGUUGUUCUAGUAUGGAUAAUGAGAUGUAGUGACUAGCUGUAGUCAGUCCCACUCUAACAUUUUUACAUAGAUUUGUGGAUGUUGCUUUCUUUCCAUUACAUGUUAGUCUUUUGCUCUUUUGGCCAGCACUUGAAAUUGUAUCACAUUGAAUGAAUUCUAUUAUUCUUGAGUUUA